AUGUCACCACAGGAUACUUGCUGUCCGCCUGAUAGCUGGCCCGCGCUCAAGGUCGACUACAAACCAAAGGGUAAGCUAGAGGAUAUCGGGAAAGGCCUGAAGGCGUACGUCGUUGGCAACGGGCCGCGAGCGGUUAUCGCACUGAACGAUGUAUUCGGGAUUGAAAGUGGACAUUCAAAGGAAAUUUGUGAUGCAAUUGCGGACAAGGGUUUCACUGUGGUCUUCCCGGACGUAUUUCGGGGGAAACCGCUGCAAGUCAGCGAUAUGAGCAAGCUAUUCGACGAGCUCCCUGGCUGGGCGAAGCAGUUCGACUACGAGCCGGCUUUGCGUAAGGAUGUGGUCGAGGUUAUCUUGCCUUAUCUCCACGAUAAGCUUGGGUUCAAGAGCAACGACCAGAUCGCGCUCGCAGGGUUUUGCUGGGGCGCGUUCAUGUUAUUCCACCUGGCAGGCGAUACGAAGCUUCCCGGUGGGCCGUUUGCCUGCGGUGUCUCGUUCCAUCCCAGUGUCCAGAUUGAGGGCGUCUUUCAGCGGGAUCCGCUGCAAUUGAUCGAUCGGGCAACUUGCCCGCAGCUUCUGCUUCCCUCUGCAGGCGAGCCAGAUUAUAUGAAGGAGGAAGGGGACGCGAUCAAGAAGCUUCGAGCGAAGCCUUUCGGAGCUAGCUGCGGGGUGAAGACUUUCCCGAGCAUGCAGCACGGCUGGGUGAACCGUGGAGACCGGAAUGAUCCGCAGGUUGUGAAGGAGGCUCAGGAAGCCCUUCAACUUGCAGUUGAUUUCAUGAUGCGACACACGAAGCCGAAAGCAUGA